CUCGUAUUUCCAAACUCGCAAGUCUCGCAACAGCUAUUCGACAGCAGUUGACGGCAUUGACGGUAGUCGCCGUGAUGACUCCGGAGCCUGUCAAAAUCGCGAUAAGAGCUACGAGAUAUAUCUCGAUGAUUUCAGAUUCGAAUCCAAAUAUCCAUGUCGGGCUCCAAAGUGUACAAGCUGAAUUGUCGAAACGUCACCUUUUCCGAGUUUUUUUUUCUAGUUCUAAACAAUCAGAGAGGCGACAAUAGCGUCUCGCUUGCUGAUUGGCUGACCGCCAUGGGCCCGUUCCAUUUAACGACCGCAACGCUCACGGUAUCAUUUCAUCUUUGUUGUUCACCGAAAGUUAAACAAAAACAGAUGAUGCUCGCGAGCAUUGAGGUCGUUAAGUGGAAUGCGCCCUAUGUUGGUUCCGUAGUGAAUCCUACGUGCAAAUUAACCGCAAUCGGCGUACUAUAUUCUAGAUUACAAAUGGACAGCUGCGGGCCAAACAUGGUGAUCAUGGGAAGCAUGGAAGGGGUAACGACGUCGCCUCUUUGAUUAUUUAGGACUCUACUUUACUGGAAUCUCUCUUUUGAAAAUUGUAAAGAUUCGACGGCUAAUCAUCCGCUUCCAAAUCCUAAUUUUCGGACAAUGUCCAAUUAUGACAUUCCUACAUCCAAUAAAAAAA